CUUUUACGGACCUACAAUAGGCUCCAAAUCCAAAAUGGAGACAAAAAAUGGAGACAAAAAACAAAAAGAAGAAUGAAAGAAAUCCAUAAGUCAACUCAAAUGAUUUCAUUAAAUCGAUGCAGGAAUAAUCAAUUGAUGGAACAAUUGUGAUUACAAGCUAAUCAAAAAUUGUUCUCCAAAAAGAAAAAGAAAAAAAAAAGUAAUAUAUCAUCAGCUGCUUUCUGGGUUUAAGUUAGGGUUUGAUUUGGAUGGGGCGUAAGGGGAGUGAAUUGGAGCCCACGAGGUGGGGUUCUCUAAUUCUUCUGCUGAUGGGUUUGGUCUCUUUCACCGCGGUAUACAUCUUCAUGUCCUCCGCAUUAAGACCACCAGUCAAUUCAGGGAUUGGGCCUUUGAGAAAUGGAAUUUCGGAAUUGGAAUCUAGUGGCGAUGGUGAUUGUUGUAAAGGGAUUGAGAAUUUGGAGCUUUGGGGUGCUGCUGUGAAAUGGGGCUCCGAAUUCAAGUUGAAUUCAUCUCAACAGUGUUGUCAAGCAUGUAAGGACAUGUGUACUGGAAAUCAAGGCCCGUGCCUUUGUGAUUCUUGGGUUUUUUGCGGGAAUAAGGAAGUUUGUGGGGAGAAAUUUGGUGAGUGCUGGUUGAAAAAACAGAAGGAUGUGCUGGCUCCCGAGAAGCAGGCAGUAGGGAAGACAGUGAUGUGGACAUCCGGAAUCGUUUUUGGUCGAGGAGAGGGCAUUGUUGGGUUAGUGACGGAGUAUGGCACUCUUCACAUCAAGGUAUGGCUUUGUAUCUUAUUUCCUGAUUGUGCACCGCAUUCAGUUGCAUAUAUCUUGGAGUUGUUGGCUUUGCGCCACUGUGCAGGUUGCCAUUUUUAUCGGGCGGAAGGGCGAGGCCAAUUCUGGGACGUUAAAGGAAACCACAUAAAAGAUACUUCAUUUGGGCCUCCGUUUGCACUUAUUCAAGGAACGCUAGAAGCACAGGGACAGGCGUUUGAGAGUGUAAAUUCCGAGCACUGCCCAACCAUAAGAAGGGGUUCGGUGGCAUGGGUUGGGUCAGGCCCGGAAUUCUUCAUAAGCCUUGCAAACCAUGACGAGUGGAAGAAUUCGUACACUGUAUUCGGUUCUGUGCUUCCUGAAGAUAUGGUGAUUGCUGAAAAAAUCGCGCGCCUUCCCACAAAGUCGGAUAAUUGGAAUAACGUUAAUGUCUCGGUUCUUGAAAAAACUGUACCGUUGAAGGUUCGAAGAAUCAAUAUCGGUGGUGGUGAUUGACUGUAAGGAAGAGCGUGUGAAGGUGCAGCCAAGAAUGUGACUCUACAGCCAUAGAAUAAUAAAGUUGAGGUUCGUUUGGGGAAUUAGGAAUGGUAAUUGGUGGAUGGUUCUCUCGAAGAAUGAACCAUAAAUAAAUGAAACUCUUACUCUUUAAUAAUAAUGCUAGUAUUAUCA